UUGCGGAGCAGAGCGAGCAGAGGGAGGUGUCUUCGGCCGGCCUGGGGACAGUGAUCGCUGCGAGUGGGGACAGCCAGCUCCAAGGAAAAGAGCGAGCAGGAGCUUGGAGGUGAGCGCAGCAAGUCCUAGUCUCGGCUUUUACGCAGCCUUGGAUCUCCCUUUCUUCUAGGGCAGGCGGCGGCAAGUGUCCCGUCAGCUCUAGGGGAUACUCACUAUCCCUUAAGUGUGCUGGGGUCCUCAGCACCUCUCUAGGACUCCAGGGGAGGCUGUGGUCAUGGUGAAUGAAGGUCCCAACCAGCAGGAGCGCGAUGACACUUCUGCGCCAGAGUCCUCAAUCCCUGCGGACCCCACCACCUCGACCCACGCCAGCGUCUCAGUCCGCCCCAGCGUCUCAGCCCAUCCCAGCGUAUCCAUCCAUCCCAGCGUCUCUGCACAUCCCAGCGUCUCCAUCCACCCCAGCGUCUCUGUCUACCCCAGCAGCUCGGCCCACCCCAGUGCCUUGGCCCAACCCAGUGGCUUGACCCAACCCAGUGGCUCUGGCCCCGAAGACAGCGUGAUCAAGGUGAGCCGGCGCCGCUGGGCGGUGGUCCUGGUGUUUAGCUGCUACUCCAUGUGCAAUGCCUUUCAGUGGAUCCAAUACGGCUCCAUCAACAACAUCUUCAUGAAAUUCUACGGGGUCAGUGCCUUUGCCAUCGACUGGCUGUCCAUGUGCUACAUGAUUACCUACAUCCCUCUGCUUUUCCCCGUGGCCUGGCUGCUGGAGAAAUUCGGCCUGCGUACCAUCGCCAUCACCGGCUCGGCUCUCAACUGCCUGGGGGCCUGGGUGAAGCUGGGCAGCCUGCAGCCGCACCUCUUCCCAGUCACGGUGGUGGGCCAGGUCAUCUGCUCCAUGGCCCAGGUCUUCAUCCUGGGCAUGCCCUCCCGCCUGGCUUCGGUCUGGUUCGGGGCUAAUGAAGUUUCAACAGCCUGCUCCAUGGCUGUCUUUGGCAAUCAGCUUGGAAUUGCACUGGGCUUCCUGAUCCCGCCUGUUUUGGUACCCAGCAUCAGCGACCGGGACAAGCUUGCCUACCACAUCAGCAUCAUGUUUUACAUAAUAGCUGGUGUGGCCACUCUCCUUUUCAUCCUUGUCGUGAUCGUAUUCAAGGAGAAGCCUAAACAUCCCCCCAGCAGAGCUCAAUCCCUGAGCUAUGCCUUGGCGUCCCCCGAUGCUUCCUACUUAAGUUCCAUCGUCCGACUCUUCAAAAACCUCAACUUUGUGCUGCUUAUCAUCACCUAUGGUCUCAAUGCUGGUUCUUUUUAUUCCUUGUCCACUCUGCUGAAUCGUAUGGUGAUCUCGCACUACCCGGAUGAAGAGGUGAAUGCUGGAAGAAUUGGCCUGACCAUCAUCAUUGCAGGAAUGCUUGGGGCUGUGAUUUCGGGCAUCUGGCUGGAUAGAUCCAAAACCUACAAGGAGACAACUCUGGUGGUCUAUAUCAUGACUCUGGUUGGCAUGGUGGUAUACACGUUGACCUUGAGCCUGGGAUACCUGUGGGUAGUGUUCAUCACUGCUGGCACAAUGGGCUUCUUUAUGACUGGCUAUCUCCCGCUGGGAUUUGAGUUUGCUGUGGAGCUCACAUACCCGGAAUCCGAAGGCAUGUCAUCUGGCCUCCUCAAUGUGUCUGCACAGGUAUUUGGGAUCAUCUUCACCAUCUCCCAGGGCCAGAUUAUCGACAACUAUGGAACCCAGCCUGGGAACAUCUUCUUGUGUGUGUUCCUCACCCUUGGAGCAGCCCUUACUGCAUUCAUUAGGGCGGAUCUCCGGAGACAGAGAGCAAACAAGGAAACUACUGAGAAUAAACUCCCGGGGGAGGAGGAAGAAGAGAGCAAUACCAGCAAGGUGCCCACUGUUGUGUCGGAGGAUCACCUCUGAGAGGGAAAGGUGGUGGUGACCCAGGGGACGUGAACACCCCACCGCUUCCUCCACCACAAAGGCCUUCGCUGGAGAAGCUUUUGGAGGGAACCAGCUGGAAUAUUUGUGGCUUGGACGAUGGUGCCUAUGUCUCCUGGAACCCACUCAAGAGCUCGGAUGAUUUAGUAGGGGAAAAUUGCACCUUUCACCAAAUGCAGUUUCAACUCUUGCCUCCACCCUUUUUCGGGUCAUGGGAGCUGGUGUUAGUUAGAAAGGCUAGUGGAGAACAUUGGAGUCAAUCCUAGCUUGGUCCCUUGCCUUUCCUUUCACUUCCAUCCCUUAUGGAGAAUGAUUGCAAAAUUAUCACGGGAAGAAAGCUUAUUCAGGAUAUUAACUUUUUCUAGUGCCUUCAGACCCUCCGACAAAGCCCAGUUGUAACACUGAGGGUUGUUCCUGGGUCAUCAGUCUGACCAUGUUCUGUGUGGGAGAGGAAAUUCCAUCAGAACAGCUUCACGAGAAUAGCUCCACUGGGACUCUGGGACCUAAAUUCUCCUGGCCUAGUGUUGGGAUCUAUUUCCAAACCUUCUUUCCUAAGAGAUAAUCAAACCAAACAUCAAUAAACUUACAAAAACUUCA